AUGAGCAGCCGCGGGUUCGGCCUGCUUCGCGGCGUGUUCCGGGCACGAACCGCCAGACACCUUGUUUAUCACGUGACCGGCCCUCGCCUUCACAUGGGCAUGCCCGGCGACACAGCAAAAUUUGCGAGUGCAUCACGAUUAUCGGCAGUGACACGCACAUCUACAAGCGGAUACAGAAGUGUAGAGCGGACUGCAAAAGCCGGAAUGAGUGAGUCUUUUAAGCUAGUGUGCCUGGGAAACCCCCUUCUUGACAUCUCGGCGACGGUGGACCCCGAGUACCUUGAACGGUACUCCUUGAAGAGCAAUGAUGCGAUCUUAGUGGACGCCGCGGGCGACGACGGACGCAUGAAGAUUUUCGACGAGAUGUUGGAGUUUCCUGGUAUGCGUUACGUGGCUGGCGGUGCAGCACAGAAUACUGCGCGUGGCGCGGCGUACGUGCUGGGGCGCGACCAGGUGGCGUACUUCGGGUGCGUGGGGCGCGACCAGUUCUCGGAGAAGCUGAUGUCAGCCAACAAGGCUGCCGGCGUUAGCACGUUCUACCAGGAGGAGCCGGAGAUCAGCACGGGCAAGUGCGCCGUGAUGAUCACGGGACAUGACCGGUCGAUGGUGACCGACCUAGGCGCGGCGAACCACUUCAAACCGGAGCACCUGGACAAGCACUGGAAUGUCGUGGAGAGCGCCAAGAUGUUCUACGUGGGCGGCUUCCACCUGACCGUGUCGCCAGAGGCCAUCGUCAAGCUCGGGAAGCAUGCACAGGAGAACGGCAAGCCGUUCGUGCUGAACUUCUCUGCGCCGUUCAUCCCACAGUUCUUCCGCUCCGCGCUUGAGCAGGUGCUGCCUUACACGACCCACAUUAUCGCCAACGAGUCUGAGGCUGCAUCCUACGCGGAGUCCUUUGGGCUUGACUGCGACCGCGAGGACCUUGUCUCUAUUGCCAAGCACGUCAUCGGCGACUCCUCCCGCACCGUUGUCUUCACCCACGGUCUAGAGCCUACAAUCGUGGUCUCUCCAGCGGGCGAGGCUGCCUACCCUGUGCACCCAGUUGACAAGGAAAAGAUUGUGGACACCAAUGGUGCAGGUGAUGCCUUUGCGGGCGGCUUCGUGGCUGCGCUUGUCCAAGGUAGAGACUUGCCAACCGCCGUCGACAUGGGCCAAUGGUUGGCUGCUCUGUCGAUCCAGGAGUUCGGUCCCUGCUACCCAACUGAGAAGCUACAGUACUAG